UUUUAUGUCAUAAUUUAUAAGCUCACUAAAAUUUCUUGUUUACUACAAAUGCUUUUAGUUCCUUUCCGUGAAAUUAUAUAGUGUCAUAAAUACAUAUAUCUGUACAGAUUACGUGUAUUCAAUAGAUGAGUUAUGCUUAUGAAAGAUCAAAAAGUUUCUGGAAAUUAACCAGAUAUUAGUUUAGUAAGAAAAAUGUUUUCAAGCCAAGUAAAUUCUAGAGAUCUUUUUUUCAGCAAUCCAGUGGAUCAUUUCUUAGGAAACAAUGGGGGAUUGAGAACAAGUGGUGAAUCUGGCUUUAACUCAAGCAAUUGCAGUCAAAACAGAAAUGCAAAAGAUUUACUUGACUCUAAUAAUUCCUAUGAUAUUUUCACCCAAUCUCAGAAAACAAAUACUGGAGAUGAAGGAAAUGCCGAUUACCGAAAAUACAUCUCACAAAAUUUGUUAUUUGGAAAAGCUAAAAAAGAAACGAGGAAAAAAUUCACAAAUUUCGACAAUGAUGAUAAUGAAAACGAUAGAAGAUCCGUAAUUGAAGAUAAUAGCACUGCAAAUGAAAUAACUGGAAUUAGGGAUUUACUCGGCAGCCUGGCUGGAGGUAUAAGAAAAAUCCAUUCUGACUUAUCUGUAGUCCAACAUUCAAUCAAAGAUGUAAAAACAGAAAUUUCAGAACAAAACGAAAGAAUAUCGUCACUUGAUGAAACAUUAAAUAAUCAAGCAAAGUCAAUUGCUGAGCUUGAGAAAGAGUAUAAGAAAAGCCAUAAAAAAGAUGAAAGUAUAAUGAAGUUUCGAAAAUAUAUGACUGAGAAUACAGACGAAAUAAAACAAGAAUUUAACAAAUUGGAAGAUUUCAUUAAAGAAGACUUAAAAACUGGCAAAAUUUUGGAAAGUGUUAAAAAACUUACAACCUCUCAAACCAAUGGGAACAAGAAAGUUCUGGAGGAUACAAAAACUCACAAUGAAAAAAUACUGAAGAAAAUUGAUACAAAAAUAGAUAAGCACUGCAAUGAAUUCAAAAGUCUUUUAGAAAGAGUGAAAAGUGACAAUGAAAUAAAUAUGGAAAUAAAAUUAAACAUGAAGGAAUCUAUGAAUGCUUUGAAUGCAUCUGUGAAAAACUUGAUUGAUAUUUCAAAAACGAGCCAUACACAAAAUGAAAUGAUUUUUAAAAUACCAGCAGCAACAAUAAAUGAAACCCAAAAUAAAAAAUCGGAUCAAUCAUUACUAAAAAGGCCUAACAUUUGCACUCAAAAUUCAGUCCAUACACCUUUAGCAAGAAACUUCAGCCAAACAGAAAAUCCUUUGCCAUCGAAAAACGGUAAUAAAAGAAAUACAAAACAUAAUGAAAGUAAAUUCGAUAGCUUAUUGUAUACAAAGCCACAAAUGCCAACGGCAUCUCGCAUUUUAAGAUCUAGAACAAAAGCACAAGCUGCAAAGCCAUCAGAAGAAAGACUGAGAGUGUGUUCUCAAGAUACUGCUUAUACACCUUUAGCAAAAUCAAUUAGUCAAAAUGAAAAUUCUUUUUCAUUAAAGAAAAAAAGAAAUGACAACAAUGACUGCACACAAUCUGAGAGAUCAUUGUUUGCAAAGUCACAAGUAGUAAAUAUCUCUAAUGAAUACCAGAAAAAAACAUCCCGCCAGACUCAGCAAAGUGCAGGCGUUCCAAGGUCCGAUUUUUGCACUCAAAACUCUUUCCAUACUCCUUUAGCUAAAUCUAUCAGCCAAAGUGAAUAUUCUUUUCCAUUCAGAUAUAUAAAUCAGAAUGACAACAAAGAUAAUGUAAUGCACAAACAGUUAUAUUCAAAAAAUUGUUCCUUCAAUAUUAAAAGGAAAGCCUCGCCAAACAUGUCACCAGGGUUUAGAAGAAGUCCCAGUAUUACUUCAAAAUGUAUUAGAACAUUCAACAGGAAUCAGUCUUACGGAAACCCAAAUGUUGUGAACCGAGAAAAUUACAUUGGUAUAAGUGGCAAUCGAGGUAAGUUUGAAAAUGAUAGUCAGACUCAGAAAUCCUCACCUUAUUUGACAUUAUUUGAAGUAACUUCCAUGGCCAGAGGAGAGUUUAUUGAUUGAAG